GUUCCAUGUGCUCACGGAGAGUAACACAAUAGGGAAGACUCUAACAUUCCGUCCUGUACUCAUAAAUGAACAGUACCUCCUUCGAGUCUUCAUCGGUCUGACUUGCUUUUAGUUGUCUUCAGCAAAAAUGGCUACUGUGACUUCCCCAGCGCAGCCGACACACUCACAUACUAGCGUCGCGUCUGAUCAUAUCGACAAAGAACCCAGACUUACGCAUGCUCAAACCAAUAUCACUAUUAGUCCGGAACUGUUCGAGAAGUUGUACUUGGCGCCCAAGGUACCGCAUGCCAAUGAACGCGUCACUCAGUACGCGAAUGCUGUUCCUCUCGGUUUCUUAGGUUUCGUAAUUUCAACCUUCUCAUUCGCCAUGAUUCUCAUGGGCUGGGGCGGCGCAAGUGGUCUGCAGUCCAUUGCUGGUAUCUUCUUUUUCACUGGCCCACUUCUGCUUACACUAUCUUGUAUCUUUCUCUGGAUACAAGCACAGUUCUUUCCAAUGAUGGUCACUGGAUUGUUCUCGGUUUUCUGGCUAUCAUUUGGACUGCUGCAACUCCCUUCGGCUGGCAUCGCUGCUUCUUUCUCAGCUACCGGAAACGCAGCAGAGGGCGCAGCGAGCAAAGAAUUGAAUGCUGGCCUUGCGCUGUUUUGCAUUGUCUGGGGCUUUGCUAUGGCCACUUUCGGUAUCUUCACGAUUAGAAUGAACCUGGUCUUCGUAGGAAUUUUUUGGUUGGCGGCGACAGCUACCUGGUUGCUGAGUGCAGCAUACUGGGAGGUCAGCAAAGCCAACUUUGGCAAGGCAAUGAAGUUGCAGAAGGCUGGAGGCGCCCUAAACUUUGUAGUGGCGAUAUUAGGAUGGUAUAUGCUCAUUGUGAUCAUGAUGGCUGAAAUGCGCUGGACUGUCAAUCUGCCGGUAGGAGAUCUCACCCAUUACUGGCAAAAGACAGAUAUCGAAAUUGCUGCAAUGGAAAAUGAGAAGAAAGACUAAGUUCAAAGCCAAGUUGGUUUGUAGCGGAUAGGCCGGAUAGGCCAGCGGGAGGGGUAGGCGGGGGUCCGGAUAUUUGCACGUGGUUGAAACGUGGGAUAGGGUCUGAAUAGAUGAACCCUGCGUCCGAAUUUCUCCUGAAAAAACAACACGGCAAUUUUGAAAGACUAUGUAUCACUGCCUAAAUUAUAUGCGCUUGGCCCAAACUAUCUCAUCUCAAGUUAGACAUAGUUGCGCGGAAUUCUCACAAUCAACGUACUUUCGCCUCCAUUCCAUU